UCAAGGUUUUGUUUGGUGAUUGGUUCAUACUGUGGCGUCAAACAAUGUUGAUAGAAGCUGUCGUGAUAGGAGUACUGUUGUAUUUCGUAAUCAGUUUCUUUAUCACCAGGAGAGAAAUGGUGCGAAUAGCAAGUCAUUUCGCAGGCCCUAAGCCUCAUCCAGUGCUGGGGAACAUACCGGACUUUAUGAACAAAGAUAUACCAGGCAUCUUCGAAACCAUGGUUGAGUCCCACCGAUUCUAUGGUCCUGAUGUGAUACUGUGGAGCUUGCUCAAUCUCAACAUAAUCAACGUCACUAGCUCCAAAAAUGUGGAAAAAAUACUGAUGGCCAAGCAAGUCCAGAAAUCUAUGCUUUAUUCAUUUGUUGAACCAUGGCUGGGACAGGGGUUGUUGAUUUCCACCGGGGAAAAGUGGUUCCAGCGGAGAAAAAUUAUCACGCCGACGUUCCACUUCAAGAUUCUGGAACAGUUUGUAACGGUGUUCAACAAGGAGACGGACAUAAUGGUGGAAUGUUUGCGAAAGCACGCCAAUGGUGGGGAAUUCGAUAUCUACGAUUACAUCACUCUGAUGGCAUUGGAUAGUAUAUGUGAUACUUCAAUGGGUACAUGCGUAAACGCUCAGAAUAAUCCUAAUAACAGAUACGUACAAAACGUUAAAAGGAUGUCAGUUUUAAUUCUACUCCGUACAAUAAGUAUUUUGGCGGGAUACCCGCUUCUCUACAAUAUUUUCCAUCCAAAUGCUUGGGCGCAGCGCAGAAUCAUCAGAGAACUUCAUCAGUUCACCGACUCGAUAAUAAAAACCAGGAGAAAGCAACUGGAAAAGGAAAAUUUGCAACGGGUGGACUUCGAUAUCAACGAGGAAAAUCUGUAUUCCAAGAGAAAGAUGACAUUUCUCGAUUUACUGCUGAAUGUGACGGUUGAAGGGAAACCGCUAACCGAUUUGGAUAUACGAGAGGAAGUUGAUACCUUCAUGUUUGAAGGCCAUGACACUACAACCAGUGGAAUUGCCUUCACUAUUUAUCAGCUGGCAUUGAACCAGGAUAUUCAAACACGCGUGCAUGAGGAAAUCGUCUCACUUCUCGGUGCCGAUCGUCUUAAUACCGAUCUGACAGUAAGCCUUCUGUCGGAGUUUCGGUAUCUGGAAUCUGUAAUUAAGGAAGCAAUGCGAUUGUUUCCUCCGGUUCCGUUAAUUGGCCGAUGUUUAGUUGAAGACAUGGAAAUGAACGGAACUAUCGUGAAGGCGGGACAGGAUUUCCUGGUGCCGAUUUACGUGAUUCAUCGAAACCCCGAGAUAUAUCCCGAUCCUGAGCGGUUUGAUCCGGAACGCUUCUCCGACACGGCCGAGUCGAAGCGGGGACCUUAUGAUUACAUUCCGUUCAGCAUCGGUUCGCGCAAUUGCAUCGGGCAACGAUAUGCUAUGCUCGAGAUGAAAACAACGUUGAUCAAAUUGAUUGCCAACUUUAAAAUUCUACCCGGAGAAUCACUAGGGCAACUGCGGGUGAAGACUGAUCUCGUGUUGCGGCCCGACAAGGGGAUUCCCGUUCAAAUCGUUCCAAGAAGCUAG